UUCUACAUUUUCUACUGCUGCAAAAUCUACUAUCCUUAGAAUUGUUGGGCUGAAACUGUGCACAUAUAAUUUCAAAAAUUCCAUAAUUAUUUUCCUGCCGAUCGGUCCGUGACAGAAUGCAGGAAAAUCGACCGGAACUGUUUGAGGAAGUCAAACUCUACCGCCACGCCCGGGAGCGGGAAAAGUACGACAACAUGGCAGAUCUGUUCGCACUGGUCUCGACGCUGCAGAAUCUUGAGAAGGCCUACAUCCGGGAUUGUGUGACUCCACAGGAAUACACUGCGGCCUGUUCCAAGCUGCUGGUCCAGUAUAAGGUAGCAUUCAAGCUGGUACAGGGUGAUGAAUAUCCUUCGAUCGAAGCGUUUGUGAAGAAAUUCCGCCUCGAUUGCCCGGCUGCGCUGGAACGGAUCCGAGAGGACCGCCCGAUCACGAUUCGGGACGACAAGGGUAACACUAGCAAGUGCAUUGCCGACAUCGUUUCGAUGUUCAUCACUCUGAUGGAUAAGCUGAGGCUCGAGAUCAGGGCCAUGGACGAUUUGCAACCGGAGCUGCGAGAUUUGAUGGAAACGAUGAAUCGCCUUUCGCUGAUUCCGGACAACUUCGAAGGAAAGGAGAAGGUUUCUACUUGGUUAGCUACGCUCAACUCGAUGCAGGCUUCGGACGAACUAUCUGAAAUCCAAGUGCGGCAGUUGCUGUUUGAUUUGGAAUCGUCGUAUGCGGCGUUCAAUAAGUUGCUGCAUUCGCCAUAAGCUAUGAUAAAAGGAAUUCACUUUGCCACGUUGGAGAGAAAUGCGACGAUAAAAAAGAAAAUAACAUGUUACUGAAUCAAUCGGGAUUUAUGUUUUAAAGAAGCCGGAUGUGUCACACAAUAGUUCGAUGAUUUGAGUAAGUGCUAAAGAUAGGAGCGUAUAUUGUAAUAAUAUUUUAAGAGGUAAUGAAUACAUC